AUGAGCGAACUGCUAAAAGUCGCAGUCCAGAGAGACUUGAUGAAAACUGGACGUGGACCUGGAACUCAUGAGAUACUUCGCUGGCCGGAAAGUACUCUGAUGGCCAGAUGCAAAAGUGUGCGAAGAGACGUUAACUUCGGCAUCGUUCCGCGGUUCCAACCAAGUUAUAAGUCCAUCACGCCUGGUCCAGGAUACACACUUAAAACGCACAAUCCUUAUUACUAUUUAAAUCAGAAGAGGCUGAAGGGUUUUUCCUGCGUACCGUCUUUUGAGUUUGACGGGCUCGCAUCCAGAUUUCGAGAAACUAGAAAAAGUUGGUUUCUAGCGUGUAACAGAUACAAUGUAAAGCAUCCGAAUUCGCUGGAAGUCUUUCUUGAGAAAGUUACGGGCAAGAGAGGACCUUACGAUCUCUUCACAGGACCGAGAGAUGAGACUACUAUCAAAGGAUAUUGGGCACAUACAAAAUUAGAGGAUUACAACGAUUGGUCUCGAAAACUCCCGGACGAAAUAGAAAAGCUUUGGAACAGAUGUAACUACUUCAAAGGCAGGUGGUCUAGCAACCCCAGAUUCACAAAGAAACCAGUUACGAGAAUGAUGUUACAAGAUAUCAGUCUAUGCUACAAGGACCCUGAUGAACCAGGGCCUGGCCAUUACGAUCCUCGCAUGCCACGGAAACCGAGUACUUUAAAGAAAUACCUUUUCGAUAGUAACGUCGAAUACAUACGGCCACUUUCGCCAAGAGAUAUUCGUCCCGGUCCAGGAAGAUACAAAAUUAAAGAGGAUUAUUCUAUAAAAGGGCACGGAUGGACGUGUGCUUUCAAAAGCGUGGUGCCCAGAACGAUUGGCGCUACUAUUCCGCCUUCGUACAGAGAUUUUUAA